AUGGAAGAGGCGAGAUCCUCCAAAGAAUACCAGCUCGAAGAGCGAACGACGAACUCUACAGAGCCGUUGAUGGGUUCAAGCCAUCGUUCGGUACAUAUGGACGAUAACGGUUCGGAUUUCAACCAGCUAGCAGGGAGACCAAAACCGUGGAACAUAUUUGGUAGAACUGCACCUGUCGCGGUAUUGUUUGUUGCAGUGGUAGAAGGCGUUGCUCUUCUGUUGCUCUCGAUGAGUUCCACGCCUGCACGGACUUCAUUCACGUUCAACGAAGUGGCGACUACAAGUUUUUCCGAGGCGGUGAAGUAUACAAAGGGUGUUCGACCACCGAUGUUUGGUCCUGAAUUUCCUAGGAAGACAGUCACGUUCAUCAAGGACCCGCGUUUCAUGGGUCCUCCAGCCCACGUUCACAACGCGUGGGCACCAUAUCUUGACGAAGGGAUCUUCGCGGCCAUGUCUUUCAAAUGGGAUUCGGGGAGAGGCUAUGGAGUUUCUGGCUACCACCAAUUUCACUGCGUAUGGAUGUUUCUACAAGCAGUCUACAUGGCCAAGAACGGGACCAAACCUCCGAAAGAUUUUGAGGGACAUGCGUUGCACUGCGUUGAAUAUCUUCGGCAAUCGACGAUAUGCAAUGCAGAUAAUACCAUUGAGCGGUCUUACCAAGGGGUGUUCGGGACAUUUGAAGCGAACAAUACCCAUGUGUGCCGGGACUGGGACGCUUUGAUGGGGUGGGCACAUGAAAAUGUGUACGUAGAGCAAGAAACAGACAUUUAA